AUGGAGGAUAUAUCGCGUAUUGGUAUUAAAAUAGGCGCAAUUGAAACUGGGUUUACUACUGCUGGAAUUUAUGUCCAAGAGAUUGAUUUGAGGGAUCCUGCAAGCUGGAUAGAAGGUUUAAGUCAACAUUUAAGAGAUGAAAUCAUUAAAAUCGGACCAGUUAGAGUUAAUAAAAUUGAUUAUCCUUUACAUAUUAUUCAAAACACUCCCAGAAAGUUUUCUGAUAAAUAUUAUUAUAGAACUCUGUCAAACGGUGAAAUCGUUAAUAGACAGUGUUUAGAUCUACGUCAGAGUCAAUUAGCUACUUAUGGCACGAAUGACUGGAAACACAUGACUGAUAAUUUGAAACUUCACGAACGUUCAAGGCCAUAUAUAAUUGCUGCUCAAAAAUGGAUAGAAUUAAAAACUAGAAUUUCAAAAUCUCAAACAAUUGAUAAGGUACAGCAAAUAACUAUAGAAAAGGAAAAGGCACAUUGGAAGAAUGUCAUGAUUCGUAUAAUUUCUGUUAUACACUAUUUAGCUAAACACAAUAGUUCAUUUAGAGAAUCCAUAGAUGGUUUGUAUGAAAAAAAUAACGGAAAAUUUCUUGGACUAAUUGAAAUGCUAGGUAAAUUUGACCCUAUUAUCAUCGAAUAUUUACAACGUAUAAAAAAUAAAGAAACACAUAUACACUAUCUCGAACAUGAUAUACAAAAUGAUUUAAUCGAAGUCAUAGCAAAGGAAGUUCAAAAAACAAUCAUACAAACAAUAAAAUUAGCCAAAUAUUACGCAAUAAUAAUGGAUUGCACUCCAGAUACAAGUCGUCAAGAACAAUUAUCAAUUGUUAUUAGAAUUGUAGAUAUGGACAUAGAAAAUGAAUCAACAGAACCCCGAAUAAAAGAAUAUUUUUUAGAUUUUAUUAACAUUCAUGAUAGUACUGGUUUAUAUUUAUCAGAUGUAUUAGUCGAGAAGUUAAAAAUCUAUGGUAUAAGUUUAAACGAUUGUCGAGCACAAGGUUACGACAACGGCGCUAAUAUGACUGGGCAAUACAAAGGUGUCCAAGCACGAAUUCUACAACAAAAUUCAAGAGCCUUUUUUAUGCCUUGUGCAGCUCAUAGGUUGAACCUUGUUUUAGGAGACACGGCUAAAAGUUCUGUCAGAGCCGUGCAUUUUUUUGGUACUGUUGAAAGACUUUACACAUUAUUUUCGGCAUCUACGGGAAGAUGGGAUGUAUUUUCUAAACAUUGCCAUAAGUGGACGGUAAAAAAAUGGUCAGAAACCAGGUGGGAAAGCAGAUACGACAGCAUAAAAGUAAUAAGGUUUCAAGUCAAAGAAAUUAUUUACGCCUUAGAUGAAAUAUCAGAUACAACACGUGACCCACUAAUUAGAAGUGAAACAAAUUCAUUAAUUGCUGAGAUAAGUUCGUUGGAAUUUCUUAUGAGUUUAUGUAUUUGGUACACUGUAUUGUGUGAAGUUAAUAUAGUAAGUAAAAGUUUACAAGGUCCAGAUGUAAACUUGAAUGUUUCUUCAGAAUUACUAAAUGGACUUAUUACGUUAUUCAAAAAUUAUAGAGAAACAGGGUUCAAUACUGCUAAAUCGGAAGCUUAA